AUGUCCGACACCCAUAACCGGAAGCCCUUCGAUUCUGCUGAUGCACAACAUGCUUUCCGUGCACCUCUACCCGAUGCUGAUGUUUUGCUCCAUGCAGGAGACCUGACGGGUUCCGGCAAGCGACAUGAACACCAAGCGCAAGUAGAAAUGUUCAUGGAACAUCCAGCGGAAUUGAAGGUUGUCAUUCCUGGUAAUCAUGACAUUACCCUCGAUGAACCAUACUACAACAGUCAUCCAUGGAAGCAUGGCACUCCUCAAGAUCUCGUUGCCAUCAGGGAGAUGUACAGCGGUCCGAAAGCACGCCAAGCAGGGAUUGUUCUCAUGAAGGAGGGUAUCCAGUCUUUUCAGCUGAAGAAUGGGGCCAAGUUCACCCUUUAUGCUUCAGCCUAUCAACCAGAAUUCUGUGAUUGGGCCUUUGCUUAUAAGAGAACUGAAGAUCGCUUCAACCCACCCUCAGCGGUCGAACGACUCUUAGGCCAGGGCCCGGCGAAUCCAAUCCCAUCUCAUCCACAUAUUGAUAUUAUGGUCACCCACGGGCCACCUUUUGGCAUUAUGGACAGUGUGGUAGGCUUCGGUGCAAGGAUGAAUGCAUCUGCUGGCUGUCAGCAUUUACUUCGUGCUGUGAAGAGAUGUAAACCAAGAAUACAUGCUUUUGGCCACAUUCAUGAAGGCUGGGGAGCAAAACGAAUGAAGUGGGCGUCAGAUGAGAGAGCUGAUGGUGAAGAUCAAUUGAUACCAAUCGUGGUAGAUCGAGGUGAGAUUUUGGAAAGGCGGGGGGCAUUCAUCGACAUAUCUUCCAGUGGAAGCAGUCAGCUGCAAUGGGGGCAAGAGACUUUGUUCGUCAAUGCUAGCAUUAUGGACGUGAGAUACCACCCUCGCAAUGCUCCAUGGGUAGUCGACCUGGAAUUACCAAGAGGUUGA